AUGCGCUGGAACAGCCUCUACGCAGAGGCUCGACUGGAAAUUCUCGACUUUGUCGCCAAUUCCACCAUCCAUGAGAAAGGCUCUAUCGCUCGAUAUGCCUGCGUAUCUCGAGAAUGGCAGAACUGGUUCGAGAUAUUCACAUUCAAGCGCGUGGAAGUCUCGCAGUCCACUAUCAUGCUCUUCGUCAACGCGUUCCUAAAGAUCCGCCGUCGAAAACACCUCCAAUACAUCGGCGUGAGACUCGAUCUGCCGGUUCACAAACACAUUCGAGAUCCGUCCUUUCAUCGAAACGAAUUUGUCAACAUAAAUCAGCAAAUGAAAGCCCUUGCGCAGAAAGCCCCUACGUUACACCGCGAAUAUCCAUGGCUGAGACAUCAAGAGGAGGAAAAUAACCGCUCUUUCACGAUCAUCUUGCGGGGUCUAUUCAUGGAGCUUUUCCAGUGGAAAAGAGAGGAUUGUCAUCACGACGGUUUUGAGCUAGAGCUCAUUGCCGAUGCCAAAAGUCACUGGCAGAAGACUGCUGCAGAAUACCUGGCACUCGAUCCUCCUAGCGACACUGGCAACGGGGCGUUUUAUAACAGUCUCUCAAGUGAGCUCCAGGUCUUUCAUGCGCCUCCGUAUCACGGACGUAAUGUGUUGCACGAUGCCGAGUUGGACUUUCACUUUUGGCUUAAGCUAGACGAGCCUAUCGGAGGAAAGCUAGGUCCUGAAGUCCAGGUCAUCUCAAGCCUGUCGAUCCUUCGACGAAGUGUUCGUCAUUUUGAUCCGGAAUCUAUCGCUCACAUUGUAAGCCUACUUCCGCGUCUAAGGACACUCCGAUGGGAGGUCAGGCCUCAUGCGCAUUGGGAAACCGAGCAUAAAUUUCAUCGUCAUUUGCGAAUGCUUCUAUCCGCUUUGUCUCCGGAUAUGGAUAAGGUCAGGAUCCAACAGCAGCCAAUUUCAAAGCCGCCGGAUAGUCCUGGGCCGUCUGAACAACUCCCAGGUCUGGGCCCACGUCUGAUCCUGUCAUGUCCAUUUCUCACCAAUAUCUACUUGGACAUUAGUGUCGACGUUGCGAAGUUCUUUAGCAUGCGGAAAUAUUUGCAAUCUGUUCAAAACGUCUGCGUAAGGACUUCCCAGGCACUACUCGAUGAAGUUCCCAACACAUCGAAUCAGCUCUUUGGCGGGUUUGGAAGGGCGGUCUCUACUAUGCCAAAGCUCAAGGCCCUGUGCGUCUUUAACAAAAACGACUCGGUAGCUUGCGUGAUCAGCUGCCGCGUUGAGAGUAACAGCUCUCGGGUCGUUGUCCACUGCAGUUGGCCAUUUGAGGUCAGAAGUGGUACUAGGGCAUGCUGGAGAAAGGCUUUAGGACAUCAGCCUGACGAGUCGUGUUGGAUGCUACUAGAAAGUUCGCACGAUGCAGUUAAACGUGAGAUCAUAUCGCAACAGCAGUGGCAUAGUAGCCUCUACUGA